AUGAAGUUCUCCUCUGUUGCGCUGGUGCUCGUCGCGUUGGUGUCAAGUGGCUUUGCCAAGAAGACAUGCACUCCAAGCUUUGAUUACUGCGCGGACGUGUUGAUCAGCGAUAAAGGAUUUACCGAGGCCGACUUGAAAGAUGUGCUCAAGGGAACCGACUUGGAGAAUACGCCUCUGAAGAACGUCCUUUUCCACUGCAAGAACCCGGGUGACGUGGGACAUCCUAAGAAAUGCGACAACGGAUGCCAGGAUCCCAAACAGGAAGGCAGUCACUCAUGCUCGGUGUAA